CGCGGGGAUGGAGCAACCGCCGGCGGCGCGCGCGGGGCCUCGGCUCGGCUCGGCCGGUCUUUCUCCUCUACAAAGAAGCUUUGUUGCCAAGUUUUACACUGAAAAUGACCUAUGCUACUGACUGCAGCUGUCAGCACAUGUAGAAGCAUUCAUAUAUCUCCUUCCCUCCCCUGAUUUUCUUGUUUCCUGUGGAAUUUAUACUUCCGAGUAUUUUUAAAAUUAAACUCAGUUGAAGACAUUUGGAUUACAACUGUGAGCAUAUCUAUGCAAAGAGUCAAGCCUGCCUGAGCAAUUUUGAGUUUUGUUCAGUGGAGGGACUGCUGUAUGUCAGCCAUGCUAAAGGGCAAGUGAUGGAGAUAAGCAUGAGAUCACCGUGGCACAGCUGCAUGUGUAGUCACUCUUGAAGCAAUUGCACACCUAAUUGGCUGACAAUCUUGGCAUUUUUAAAAUAAACACAGCCUUUUAAAGACAGGGGACGUAUUUAUGUAUGAAUAGUCAAGUAGACCUGUUGGGUGUCAUCAAUGGAACCCUCUGGCAUUGAACAGUUUUGUGAUGACCCUGAUCCUGGAGGCAAAUCCCAAGAUCAAGAGACAAAAAAACAACAUGAAUCAGAGCAAAAAUUAUCAAAAAUAACCCAUAAUGCUUUGGAGAACAUUAAUGUGAUUGGUCAAGGCUUGAAGCACCUUUUCCAGCAUCAGCGCAGGAGGUCGUCCGUCUCUCCGCAUGAUGUUCAGCAAGCUCAGGCUGAUAUGGAGCCUGAUGUGGAUUUGGAAAGCCAAAGCAUCUGUGCUGAAAUUGAUGGUGUCUCCACCCACCCCACAGCUCUGAACCGGGUGCUUCAGCAGAUCAGAGUGCCACCUAAAAUGAAGAGAGGGACGAGCCUGCACAGCAGGCGGGGCAAGGCAGACGCCCCAAAGGGAAGCCCACAGAUCAACAGGAGGUCUGGCCAAGAUAUUCAGUCAGGUCGGCCCAGAUCGUCUUCAACCACUGAUGCUCCCACAAACUUGGCCAUGAUGGAGAUUGCUUCUUCUAUCUAUGUAGGUGGAGAGGAGGCCACAGCAGCAGCAAUCGAGCGACUGGAAGUCAGCAGCCUCGCACAGACCUCCAAUGCAGUGGCCUCAAGCACUGAUGGCAGCAUCAAUGCAGACUCUGUCGAUGGGACCCCAGAUCCUCAGCGCACAAAAGUGGCUAUCACACACCUGCAGCAGAAGAUACUGAAGUUGACUGAGCAGAUCAAAAUUGAACAAACAGCCCGUGAUGACAAUGUGGCAGAGUACCUGAAACUGGCCAACAAUGCAGACAAGCAGCAAAGUGCCCGCAUUAAGCAAGUGUUUGAGAAGAAAAAUCAAAAGUCAGCCCAGACCAUCUUGCAGCUGCAGAAGAAACUAGAACACUACCAUCGAAAGCUGCGGGAGAUUGAGCAGAAUGGGAUCCCUCGGCAGCCAAAGGAUGUCUUCAGGGAUAUGCAUCAGGGUUUGAAAGAUGUUGGAGCAAAAGUUACUGGCUUCAGUGAGGGAGUAGUAGACAGUGUAAAAGGUGGGCUUUCCAGUUUCUCCCAAGCCACACAUUCAGCAGCAGGAGCUGUGGUUUCCAAACCCCGGGAGAUUGCCUCCCUCAUAAGGAACAAGUUUGGGAGUGCGGACAACAUUGCUAAUCUGAAAGACUCCUUAGAAGAGGGCCAGGAAGAUGGGACAGGAGGCAAGGCUCUAGGUGUUAUUCAAAACUUUCAGUCAAGCCCAAAAUAUGGCAGUGAAGAGGACUGCUCCAGUGCCACAUCAGGUUCAGUGGGAGCCAACAGCACAACAGGGGGGCCUGUGGGAGCUUCCAGCUCCAAAACAAACACUCUGGAUAUGCAGAGCUCAGGGUUUGAUGCAAUAUUGCAUGAGAUUCAAGAAAUUCGAGAGACACAGGCAAGACUGGAAGAAUCAUUUGAGGACCUUAAGGUUCGCUAUCAGAGGGAUUACUCAUUGAUAAUGCAGACUCUGCAGGAGGAGCGGUACAGAUGUGAAAGACUUGAAGAGCAGCUCAAUGACCUGACUGAGCUCCACCAGAAUGAGAUCCUCAAUUUGAAGCAGGAGCUGGCCAGCAUGGAGGAGAAGAUUGCCUACCAGUCUUAUGAGCGAGCCCGGGACAUCCAGGAGGCACUGGAAGCGUGCCAGACCCGCAUCUCCAAGAUGGAGCUGCAGCAACAGCAGCAGCAAGUGGUGCAGCUGGAGGGGCUGGAGAACGCCACAGCCAGGAACCCUGGGAAGUUCAUCAACAUCCUCCUGGCUGUCAUGGCUGUCCUUCUUGUCUUUGUUUCCACUGUGGCCAACUGUGUCGUGCCCCUCAUGAAGACUCGCAAUAGGACGUUCAGCACUUUACUUGUAGUGGUUUUCAUUGCCUUUUUGUGGAAGCACUGGGACGCCCUCACCGGCUACUUGGAACGGUUCUUGUCUCCCCGCAGAUGAUGGCGGCAGGAACCAUGUGCAUUGUCCUCCUCCCGGUGCUCUGGUGAGCAAGAGCAAAGUGGCAAAGAUUAGUCAGCAGCUACUCUGCUGAAGUUUCAAAGUGUCGGAGUGAAUUUGUUUACAUUUAGAAAAAUGUUUUUUCUCUGCGAAAUGCAUUGCAAUAGUAUUUUUUAGAUUUUAUUCAAGAACUCUUUUUUGGCGAGAAUCCUGGAUAAUUUUUAUGUAGCAUGGUUCUCUUUGGAUGCAAAUCUUAAGAUUCUUUAAAGUGUACAAAAGAAAUAAAUAAAAUACAGAAUUUGGAGCAUACCAAUGGGCAAUUUAAAUUAUGGCUUGAACUGCUGUACUAAACCUGUCAGGAAGAAGAGAACGUGAUUAGCGUAAGAGGAGCAAAGCUAAGUCUAGUGCACAGCCUUGAGUGAUGGUACCACAGCAAACCUGUAACACUAAACUUUUACUGUGAAGUCUGCUCACAUUCCAUGUCCAAAUGUAUGCGUUCAGAGUGGUUUCUUUUCUUAACAAGAGAACAACAACAACCAUGUGGAUCUCUUUUGCAGCUCUGCAUCGGGGUUCGCCAUUUGCGCUAGCCUGACUUGCCGUAACUUUUCAUAAGGCUGGCUAACUUUGCUAAGCUUAUGAAGUGGAAGCCUCAUGCCAUACACAGUAACUGCACAGUUGUGCUACAGUAUUUUGAAGUAGUCCUUGAAAUACUUAUCUUUAAGCAGAAGCCCUUGGUUGCACUUUUAAGGUUUUUUUUUAUAUAUGUAUAUUCACAGAUUUAAAAAAAAUCCAAACAGCAUACUUGAAGAGUGUAAUACUCAAACUCUCAGUGCUUCCUUAUUGUUUCUAAUAGGAUUUUUUAUUAUAAUUAUUAUUGUUAUUAUUAUUGGGGGUUUUUUUUUGAA